CCAACACAUAAUGUUCCCCAAGGAACAUAACAGCCUAAAUUUGAAUAACAAAAUUUCAAUGGAGUAACCAAGCUCGCUUUCCAGCACUUGUCAUUCCAGCGUCAAAACUUCUGCUAUUUCGGCCAAUUUGUUUUUGCGGCGUCGGGAUAAACAAACUACAAAAUGAUGGACACGUUGGACUACAUAACGCUCAGCAAUCCCGUGAGCAAGGCGGUAAUCUCGUCGGGAUCGGCCAUCUUUCGCGCAAUUGGGCUGCGACCAAAGCAAUUGGUUCCAAAGGAGACGCAGACCCUGCGCCCGGUGAUGCAUCAGAUGUCGACUGGGUCGCUGCACGCUUUGGCCGGCAGCCAUUAUCACUUUGUGCGUCUGGCCGGCUUGGGUGGCGCCUCGGCCAUAUUCAUGGGCGCCUAUUGCAAGUACGUCCUCAGGGACAUUAAGGACCCAAAGGAGCAGCUGGACUCGCAGGCCUUUGCUGAUGUCGCCAAUCGCAUACACUUUUUGCAUUCGUUUGCCAUGAUGGCCAUGCCACUGGUCCACUACCCCAUACUCACUGGCUCACUGAUGACCACUGGCACACUGCUCUUCAGCGGCUGCAUGUACUAUCGUGCAUUGACCGGCGAGAAGCGUUUCCAGGCCUAUGCCACUGUGGGUGGCUUCUGUCUGAUGGCCGCUUGGCUGACGCUGGCCAUAUAGGAGGCUCACAAUCUAUCGUCUAUCGUCUAUGGGGGGAGGGGCGAAUCUUAAGAUUACGAUUAAGCUAUAGGCAACGUAAAAUCUAAAGCUAAAGCCUGUCGCGAAAUAUGCAGAAUUAAUUCUUUGUCGCUGAAGUUCUAUAAAUAUAUAUUUAUAUAGACUAUAUAUAGGAUUACAAAUAAAUCUCUAGGAGGCCUUGCAUCUAA